AUGGAAUCUCCCUCUUCUUCCCUACAUAGUUAUGAUGUAUUUCUCAGUUUUAGAGGUGAAGAUACACGCUCCAAAUUCAUAAGCCAUCUAUAUAAAGAGUUAGAUCAAAAAGGAAUUCGCACAUUUAAAGAUGACAAAGAGCUAAAAAAAGGGAAAUCAAUUUCACCAGAACUUUUAAAAGCCAUUGAAGAGUCAACAUUCGCCAUUAUCGUUCUAUCUGAGAACUAUGCUUCUUCUUCAUGGUGUUUGGAUGAACUGGUGAAGAUAAUAGAAUGUAAAAACAUUUUUCAACUCACUGUUAUACCUAUCUUCUAUAAUGUGAGUCCAUCAGAUACUUUGUUUUUUUUCUCAUUUCCUGUUUCUCUGUCAUCAUCCUAUUUACUCCAAUAUGCUUCUGAGCAAAACAAGGACAAAGUUGUCCUGAUUUUAUGUCUCCUAGUUUUGUGUUUCUUUUUCUUCUUCUUGCUUUUCGUUAAUCGUGAUAGGAGAAACAUUAAGGGGAACGUGGAGAAGGUGCACAAGUGGAGAAAAGCAUUGGAGGAUGCAGCAAGUAUUUCAGGCUACGAAAUACUCGAUGCACCUAAUACGAAUGAAGCAGAUUCAGUUCAGUGGGUAGUCGAUGAGAUCUUAGAUCAGCUGGUUUACAAUAAGACAAAACCUGAAGAGAAACUAGUGAACAUAGAUGCACUUAUAAGGGAUGUUAAUUCAUUGUUUUUUAAGGAGGAGGAUGUUCGGGUGGUUGGAAUUUGGGGGAUGGGAGGAUCAGGAAAAACAACUAUAGCGAGAGCAUUUUUCGAUAGAUAUUCUAAUCAAUUCAAGCAUAAGGUUUUCCUUGCUAACAUUAGGGAAGUGACACAAAAGGAUGGAGCGGAACACCUGCAAUCUAACCUCAUAUCAGAAAUCCUAAAAUCAAAGUCCAUACAUGUAAAGGAUGUUUGUGAAGGAGCCAACAUGAUAAAAGACCGGCUUUGCAAAAAGAAGGUUUUAUUAAUUCUUGAUGAUGUUGACAAUAAAUAUGAACUAGAUGCAUUGGCUGGAAGCACUUCCUGGUUUGGCAAGGGCAGUAAAGUGAUUAUAACAACAAGAAAUAGGAAGCUGUUGACUAAGCCUGAAGUUGAUGAGACUUAUGUGGUCAACCUCUUGCCUGAUGGUGAAGCUCUUCAACUAUUUAGUUUGCAUGCAUUCAAUCAAGCUAUUCCAGCAGAAGGUUUUGAGGAGCUCUCACAAGAAGUCAUAGAUUAUGCUAAAGGUCUCCCUUUAGCUCUUAAAGUCUAG